AUGCAGGACGCCUGGACUGCUCGCAAAGCUGAGGAGAUCCAAGGCUACGCGGACCGCAACGACUGGAAGAACUUCUUCUCCGCGAUCAAAGCUGUCUACGGUCCGCCGACGAAGGGCACUGCUCCUCUCCUCAGCGCCGACGGCAGCACUCUCCUGACUGAGAAGACACAAAUCCUACAGCGAUGGGACGAGCAUUUCCGGGGCGUCCUCAACCGCCCUUCCGUCAUCUCCGAAGCCGCCAUCGCCCGCUUGCCGCAUAUGGCGACCAACGCGGACCUCGACCUCCCGCCAUCUCUCCAGGAAACGAUCAGGGCCGUGCAGCAGCUCUCCAGCGGGAAAGCACCCGGAUCGGACGCAAUCCCUGCUGAGGUCUACAAGCACGGAGGUCCCCUACUGAUGGAUCACCUGACUGCGCUCUUCCAGGAGAUGUGGCGUCAAGGUGAAGUCCCGCAAGAUUUCAAGGACGCAACUAUCGUGCACCUAUACAAGCGCAAAGGGAAUCGCCAAGUCUGCGACAACCACCGCGGCAUCUCCCUACUGAACAUCGCCGGGAAGAUCUUCGUUCGCAUCCUGCUCAACCGCCUCAACAACCAUCUGGAACAGGGCCUUCUGCCGGAAAGCCAAUGCGGCUUCCGUCGUCAUCGUGGGACCGCGGAUAUGAUCUUCGCCGGCCGCCAACUUCAGGAGAAGUGCCAGGAGAUGCGGACCCACCUGUACUCUACCUUCGUGGACCUGACGAAAGCCUUCGACACGGUGAAUCGUGAAGGACUGUGGAAGAUCAUGCAGAAAUUCGGCUGUCCGGAGCGAUUCACUCAGAUGGUGCGUCAGCUGCACGACGGUAUGAUGGCGCGAGUCACGGACAACGGAGCUGUCUCAGAGGCAUUCGCAGUGACCAACGGCGUGAAGCAGGGCUGCGUGCUGCCGCCUACCCUCUUCAGUCUUAUGUUCUCUGCCAUGCUGAUGGACGCCUACCGCGACGAACGCCCUGGAAUCCGCAUCGCCCUUAGAACGGACGGUCAUCUCCUGAAUCACCGGCGCAUGAACUACCAAUCGCGCGUAUCCACAACCACCGUGCACGAACACCUCUUCGCCGACGACUGCGCCCUGAACACCACCUCGGAAGUGGAGAUGCAACGGAGCAUGGACCUAUUCUCCGCCGCCUGCGAGAACUUUGGGCUGGUUAUCAACACGCAGAAGACGGUGGUGAUGCAUCAACCGCCUCCCAACUCAGCCACAGCCCCCAACGCGCCGCAAAUCAACGUGAAUGGGACUCAACUGCAAGUGGUGGAGAACUUCCCGUACCUGGGCAGCACGCUCUCCCGCAACACCAAGAUCGACGACGAAGUCGCCAACAGGAUCUCGAAAGCCAGUCAAGCCUUCGGUCGCCUCCAAAGCACAGUUUGGAAUCGUCAUGGUCUCCAACUGAGCACGAAGCUGAAGAUGUACAAGGCCGUCAUCCUGCCGACGCUAUUGUACGGAGCGGAGGCCUGGACGGUGUACACGAGGCAGGCACGUCGACUAAACCACUUCCAUCUCAGUUGUCUUCGUCGUAUCCUGGGGCUGAAAUGGCAGGAUCGAAUCCCCGACACGGAAUUACUGGAACGAACAGGAAUCCUCAGCAUCUACGCCAUACUGACACAAAUGCAGCUGCGCUGGAGCGGCCACCUGGUGUGCAUGGACGACGAGCGACUAUCCAAACGACUCUUCUACGGAGACGUCGCGACGGGUUCUCGUCGUCAAGGAGGCCAAAUUCGCCGUUACAAAGAUAACCUGAAGUCUUCCCUGAAGCGCCUGCACAUCAACCCGACCAACUGGGAAGAGCUCGCCCGCGAUCGUCCGACAUGGAGGAGAAAAGUGAAGACGGGCGCUGCUAUCUACGAAGCCAACCGCAUCGCUGCCGCCAAAGCGAAACGCGAAGCCCGCAAAUCACAAUCUGGCCCUGUACGCAACGCCUCCGCACAACCUCUCCCUACGUGUCCUAGAUGUCAACGGACAUUCCGGGCACGAAUCUGACUUGUUGGACAUCUUCGGAUCAACUGCACCUCUCGAACUGCUCCAGCCAUCGUCCCCCCGCCCGCCUCUUCCUCGUCCUCUCUUCCGCCAACUAA